AUGUUAUCCCCCUCCUUCAUUCCUUCAUUCCUUCCUUCCUUCCUUCUUUCCUUCCUUCCUUCCUUCCUUCCUUCCUUCCUUCCUUCCUUCCUUCCUUCUCAUUCAUUUUUUUACCUUCCAUGCUUCUUAACUUCUUUCCUUCCUUUCAUGCUUCUUUCUUUCUUUAAUUCGUUCUAUACCACAUUCCCUCCGACUUUCCUUGUAUUCUUGCUUUCUUCUUUUCUUGCCUUUCAUUCCCUCUUUAAUUCUUUUCUUUCUUACAUUAUUAUUUAUCUCCUUCUUUACUUACUUCUUUCAUUCCUUCCAUGCAAAAUUUCCUCCUUCCUAUUUUCCUUGCAUUCUUUCUUUCUUUCUUUCUUUCUUUAUUGCCGCCUUCUUUCACUUUUUCUUGUUCUUCUCUUUCUUUCUUUCUUUCUUUCUUUCUUUCUUUCUUUCUUUCUUUUCCAUGUGUAUUUCUCUUUUUUCUUCUUUACUACAUUUCAUAUCUAUCCCUUUGAUUAUAAGCUACUGCCUCUUUGCAUAAGUCUCUUUCUUUUCUUUCUCUCAUGUCAUAUCCCAGUCUUACUUGAUCUCUAA